AUGUCGACAUUGCAUAUGGAUUUCUUUACUUUUUCUUGCAGGCAAGUGAAGGGUGAACAAUGGAGUUAGUGAGUUUAGAUGACGUUGAAGUAGAUGAUAUGGAGACUCCAGAAAACGUCGUGGAAGGGUUAAAAACACCGAUAAUUGGGAUGUAUUUUGAGACAAUUGAAGAAGCACGAAAUUACUAUGAACGUUAUGGUCAAGAAAAUGGAUUUUGGAUUCGUACUCGGGCUUCAAGCAAAGGACGAAACCGAUCGAAUGAAGUCACCAAGGUGCUAUUUGUUUGCGUAAAAGAAGGAAAGUAUCUUGCGAAAAAGCAGCAAGAGAGUGUUGUGGAGGAGAAUGAUAAGACAGACGAAGAGGAGAAAGCGAUACCAAAGAAAAGAGAUAGACGUUGUUCAACCGUUAAAUGUGAAUGCAAGGCUCAUUUGCGAAUUAUGCAUGACAAAUGGAAUUGCAAAUGGAAAGUAACAAGUUUCGAUGAAAAUCACAACCACCAACUAGUGACUCCAUGUAAGAGAACCAAAAUGAAGUCAAAUCGGAACAUGCCCAAAGCAGUUAAGGAUUUGACUGAGGUAUUUCAUGAAGAAAAUAUAGGAAUUUCGAAAGUUCCUUCAAUUUUUGGUGGUGAGUACAUGGGCUUUGAUAAUAGGGAUUGCUACAAUCACUUGAGGAAUGUGAGGCAUAGAGACCUAGAUUGCGGGGAUGCACAGUCAGUUCUUGACUACUUUAGGAACAAACAAGCGCAUAAUCCUCAAUUUUUUUAUGCGAUUCAAUGUGAUGAAAGUGGGAGGGCAGUUAAUUUUUUUUGGGUGGAUUCUCGAUCUCGCAUGGCAUACCAUUAUUUUGGAGAUGUGGUUACAUUUGACACAACAUAUCGGACAAAUAAGUAUGAUAUGCCUUUCGCACCAUUUACAGGAGUAAACCAUCACAUGCAGUCGAUACAGUAUGGAUGUGCACUUUUACAAGACGAGACAGAGGUGACGUUUGAAUGGUUGUUUCGGGCAUGGCUUGACGCUAUGGGAGGACGUCCUCCAACUUCUAUCAUCACUGACCAAGACUUGGGAAUGAAAGGAGCUAUUGCCAAAGUCUUUCCCAACACCCGUCAUCGUUUAUGUCUUUGGCAUAUCAAGAAGAAAUUUGUUGAAAAGUUGUCACAAGUGUACUACAAGAGAUCGAAAUUCAAGAAGGAUAUGAAAAAAUGUAUUAAGGAGACAUACAAGAAAGAGGAUUUUGAAGAGAGAUGGAGGUUAUUGAUGAAGGAAAAUGGGUUAGAAAGCAACGAAUGGCUUCAAGGGUUGUUUGAUAUUCGUGAAUCAUGGGUACCCGUUUAUAAUCGUGGUACAUUCUUUGCCGGUAUGAAUACUACUGGACGUAGUGAGGGCAUCAACUCAUUUUUUGAUGGUUUUGUAACUCACACUUCAAAUCUCAAAGAAUUUGUGGUAAAGUAUGAGAAAGCCUUGAAGAGGAUUGUGAAAAGGGAAAAUGAUGAAGAUUUUGAGUCCGAACACAAGUUUCGGAUUGUUAAUGACCAUGAAUUUUUGUUGAAGCAUGUGGCAAAAGUGUAUACUAGAAACGCCUUCAACAAGUUCAAGGAUGAAUGGAGUAAAGUCUUUCACUACAAAAUUGAAAAUGAAAGAAAUGCCAAUGGUUUUCAAUCUUUCGUAGUGAAGUCAAAAGAUGAUGAACUUGAAAAGUUUGAGGUGACAUUGGAUUCGCAAACCUAUGAGUGUAAGUGUGAAUGCCAACAAUUUGAGUUUGUUGGGAUAUUGUGUGCGCACAUUUUGAAAGUGUUUGUCCGACUAGACAUUGAUGAAAUACCGGAACACUUUAUUCUUCCACGAUGGAGGCAAAGGGCCAACAAAUUUAGGAUAAUUGAUUCCCAAGGAUUGGUGCAUGACGACGGCAAAGAAGAAUCUGAGGCGUUAAGGCUUAGCCAUAUGUGUCAAGAAGCUACAAAAUUGGCUUGUUUGGCCGCCUCAUCAAAUGAGGCAUACACAAUUUUUAUUGAAGGUAUGAAUGAUUUAUUCAAGAAGAUCCAAGAAGUUUCUAAGGUGUCUCCAAUUGAAAUUUCUGCUGAAAAAGAUAACGAGAAAUUUACCGAGCCGUCGCCGUCUCAGAUAUUGCUUUUGGAUCCGAACAUCUCAAUUUGCAAGGGUAGGAAAAAGGAUGUCAAGGGCAAAGCCACUACUACACAGUGUGAAAGAUUGAAAAGCGGUAUUGAGGUGUCAUUAAAUAAGAAGAAAAGAAAGUGUCACAUGUGCUUUCAAUUUGGACAUGAUAAGAGAACUUGUCCUUCAAAUCCAAUGAGUAAAACUAACAAAGACUUUGAAGAGGAUGCUGAAGGCUCAGAUAGUGACCAAGAGGACGUCUCAAAUUGCUCUAAAUGAUCUUGAAGUACUUUGGCUUUUGGCUUUGUUUUGUAAUGAUCUAUUCUUAGGUUAAGUGAAA